AUGCGAUCGAUCAAAGUCAAUCCCUAUGCUAACGUAAUAAACAGAAUUAGAUUUGGCCUGGCACUACAGAUAAAAAAUUUAUUUCUUGAGUUAAAUUGGGUUGAAGUCUUCCAGAAGAUGUCUUCACCACGCCCUAAAUCCCCAAGAACACCAGUCUUGCCUAAAAAAGAAGAUAAAGAAGAAUCUUUUUGGGAUAAAAUUGGCACUAUUGGUAGGAAGAAACGCAUAAAGGAAGUACAAGAUGUCCAAGCGGAAGGAAAGUAUGCAAUUGAUUCACCUGGAAGUCCCACAGCUCCUGAAGUUCCCCCAGAGGAAUACAGCCUUCAUGACAAUGAAGAGAGAGCGAUUAUAGAACCAAGGUCCCUAGAAGAUCCAAGAGUUAAGGAGUUGAUACAAGUCUUGAUAGACUGGAUUAAUGACGAGCUUGCCAUGCAGAGGAUUAUUGUCAAGGAUAUCAGUGAAGACUUGUAUGAUGGACAGGUUUUACAGAAGCUGUUGGAGAAGUUGACUGAAACGAAACUGGAUGUUCCGGAAGUAACACAGUCUGAGGAAGGCCAACGACAAAAACUAGCUAUUGUUUUGAGAGCGGUUAAUAGGGUGCUGUUCGGUGCGUCCAAGCCGGCGCUGAAGUGGAGCGUGGACUCUGUGCACUCGAAGAACGUGGUCUCCAUACUGCACCUGCUGGUGGCGCUGGCGCGCCACUUCCGCGCCCCCGUCCGUCUGCCGGAGAACGUGAGCGUCAACGUGGUAGUGGUGAAGAAGGACGCCCCCAACCAGCUCUCGCACAGGACGUACAUAGAAGACAUUACGACCACUUACGACGACCUCGGCAUGAAGUGCGAGCGGGAUGCUUUCGACGCUCUGUUCGACCACGCGCCCGACAAGCUCCAAGUGGUUAAGAAGUCGCUGAUCACGUUCGUGAACAAGCACCUGAGCAAGGUGAACCUCGAGGUGCAGGACCUGGACACGCAGUUCCACGACGGCGUCCACCUCUGCCUGCUGAUGGGUCUGCUCGAGGGGUUCUUCGUGCCGCUGUACGACUUCCACCUGACGCCGCAGGACUUCGACCAGAAGGUGCACAACGUGGCGUUCGCCUUCGAGCUGAUGCAGGACGUCGGCCUCGCCAAGCCCAAGGCCAGGCCCGAAGACAUCGUGAAUCUCGACCUCAAAUCGACCCUGCGCGUGUUGUACAAUCUGUUCACCAAGUACAAAAACAUGGCC